AUGGUCGAAUUAAAAGUUGUUGCAUCCAUCGUCUUAUCCGCGAGCUAUCCAUCACAAAGGCAGGCAACGAAAGAAAUAAGUUUUGAGAUCAUAAGAAAGGAUGGAAAAUCUCAAUCGUUGGAUAAACCUCGUCAUCUUGCUAUAUACAGUGGCAGUGAUCAAAGGUUCGUUUAUAGCUCCAAUUGCCAACACGAACAUAUAAAUGCUCACUCUCUUUUCUUCGACGGAAUUGGCAACUCCGUUAACAAUAAUAAUCCAUUGUAUUUAAAGACUUUCGAACUCCUUAAGAUACUCGACUUUGAAAAUCUCCCGUUGAAGAAUUUACCAGAAACAAUCGGUUUGUUGACUCGGUUAAGGUAUUUGGGAUUAAGAAACACAAGUAUAAAGAGUCUCCCACACUCAAUAGGUAAACUCAAGAAUCUCGAGGUACUCGACAUAGCAAGAGUUUACAAAGUGAAAGUGGGAGAUGUGAUACGCGAAAUGGAGAGCCUGCGUCAUAUACACGCCGGGUUUUUCUACUCUGUCGAUCGUUUAAAAACCGACACUCUAAAGAAUCUUCAGACACUAGGCUACAUCUACGCGGGAAAUUUGAUCCCCGAGCAAGUGAAAAAGAUGAGGGCUCUUCGCAAAUUGAGCUUGUUUAUCACGAGGGAUUUAGGGUUUAAAGGGAGCGAGUUCUUUCGGUCAUUAGCUACGUUAGAGAAUCUCGUGUGCCUAGAACUGAAGUGGGGCCCACCAGAUUCUAUCCAACCCUCGCACUAG